AUGGUACCAGGCUCGUCGGCACUGAAAGCCUCGCGAGGCGUUACUUCGAAAGUACUGUCAUCGCCAGCCCAGGCAGCCUUGUCGGGUGAGACACGUUCGAAGUCGGGCGCUUGUCACUCCGUACAAGACCAGCGUCCUUCAGUGCCAUCCAGGGGAAACGGCAAGGAUGGUAAAGUUGACAGACCUAAGGAGCCAUCGUCGAAGCAGCCAGAGGCGCCGAUCAAGCCACGAACCAACCAACGUGCCUCUACCACCCAGACUUCCAUGGAAAGCAAACUACACACGGCCCCUAAGCAUGCUUCACAAGAAAUCUCGUCGGAAUCCCGAGCGGGCCACUCACUGCCCCAGCAGGCCGACGCCGACAGCCUGACGACAUUCCCUCCAUUUGCCGUUGGCCCCAAAGACAAAGUCAAGAGAUUCCUAGAGUCGCAAGGACUGGGCGAUCCCAGUGAUACGCCUCCCCAAAGCGCCGUCGACCAGCUGAGAUCACGCCCUCCAACUCCUUGGCCGGGUGCUGGGGCAGAUCCGGAAUCCCUUCAAGCAGUUGAUGACGCCCGACCCCCAGUCCCAUCUCACCAGGUGCCUCGUGUGCCAGCCACAGAAGACAAACCCCCAUUACUUAAAUCCGCCGCGAGCAAAAGACCUGGGGAACUGAGCUUGAAAGACCUCAGAAUCUCACAACCCGACAUGCCCUCGCGUUCGUUGCCGCCCAUAUCUACUUCUCAGUUCAGCUUUCUGCCGAGUGAGGACGACAUAUCGAUUAUUGAUGACCCGGGUCUGUUGACCCCCAUCACGGAGGUACCAAGCGAGCUUUCCCGGGCGAACUCACCAGUCGACCCCUUGAUGGCCAGUUACAAGCCUCGCCCGAUAAUUGAACAACCGGAUCCUCCGGUCAAGAAACCUCCAGUUCAGAAGAAGGUCGACACCCCAACCCCUCAGCCUGCAGCCCGUGAAGUGCCCAAGUCGCGUCCGCCACCAUCAUCCACAGCGUUAUCUUCCAUUCCAGACAGACCAGGGACGCCACAAGUUCCGGUCAGCUUGCCAAAGCCUAAGCAGAAAACGCCGGCGCGACCAGACCUAGCAUCUGCCAAAAAGCUCGAACGCAAACCAAGCAAACUCAACAUCACGACCACGAGCAGCGCAACCGAAAACGAAAGUCCACGACAACCCGAGACAAUAUCAGAAACACACUCUGACGGACCGAGCGUUGGCCCUCUGCAGCAGCGUCUUUCAUCACCCUUUAACCCGUGCAGGACGAAUAAGCAAGCGUGGGACCUGGAGACCAUUGCGAGCGAAGACAGUUGGUUCCAGGAGAACGAGGAUAGCGAUGGAAGCGCAUCUGGAGAGAGUGGUCCUCGCCGUACUCCGCCGGGGCCGGUGCGAGCCAGGUUGACGGUCGAGACGGUCGAAUGCACAUUGCAGCCGCCAGCUCAAACCCCGGAUCUGGAUAUGGCGCAGUAUGAUGCUACGGGCCAGGCCAGGAGUGAGUUCUUUCCACCCUGGGCGGUGGGCAGUCAGGCCUUGUCGGAGGGAGCAAGAGAUUUGAGGACUUGA